CUCACACUCUCUCUCUAAAACUCUCUCUCUCUAAAAAUGGGAAUUUGCAGUUCAUGUGAUGCAACAGCAGUCGCCACAGCUAAACUGAUCUUACAAGACGGCAGUCUACAGGAAUUCUCGUACCCAGUUAAGGUGUCAUAUGUUCUACAAAAACAUCCUUCAAUGUUCAUUGUAAACUCCGAUGAUAUGGAGUUUGACGACGUCGUUUCCGCUAUCCGAGAAGAAGACGUUCUUCAACCGGGUCAGCUCUACUUCGCUCUGCCGUUGGCUCGGCUCAGGCAGCGGCUUCAGCCGCAAGAGAUGGCUGCAUUGGCUGUCAAAGCUAGCUCUGCAUUGAGUAAAAGUAGUGGUGGGAAACAUGUUUGUUUUGCAACGCCCUCAUUGUCCAAUACGAAGAGUUCGGGUCGGGUUUCGGAUGUCGGAUCGAGAAGUGGAAGGCGGCGUAGCUUCACCGGAAUGUUGAGUGUUAUACCUGAGUAGAGAGAGAGUGAUAUGUUUGUAGAUAUUUUAAGGAAUUUAGUAGGUUUUAUGUUGAAAAUGGAAGCAUUUUUGGGACCCUAAAGUAUGAAAUCUUAGUUAGUAAAAUUUCAUGUUCCAUGCUUGUAAUAUUUCAAUGCUAGCCGAGUUUAUUAUCUAUUUUACGAACAACAACGCAUACAUCCUUAAUUUGCUCGUUUUGUAAGACUCGAACAUGCUACGCCCCACUUUGAUGAGAAUAAACACCGGUGCUACUGAUC